AUGCAAACAUGCAUACAAACACACAUACAAACAAAAGGACCAUCUCAUUGGUACGAACAAAGUCCUAACUGUAACGGAAGCAGGCAGUCACCAAUCGAAAUCACGACCAGCACCCUCAACACCAGUCUCACCCCUUUCGUCUUCAACAAAUAUGACGUCAUCCCGUCCAAGAUUGUAGUCACUAAUAAUGGACACACCGUUACGGUGAGUCUGCCAAAUGACGUCCUAACAAUAAGAGACGGAGGUCUGGACAGCCAGUACACGUUCGCACAGUUUCAUUUUCACUGGGGCUCCAAUGAUUCCUACGGAUCUGAACAUCUCGAUCACAAUAAGGCCUACUCAGCUGAGCUUCACUUCGUACAUUGGAACUCCGGCAAAUAUUCCAGUGUGGCGGAGAGUUACAAUUACGCUGAUGGUCUGGCCGUUCUUGGAGUCCUCAUUGAUGUACAUGAUCCACGCAUAAACCAGGACUUGGACAUAUUGACUGAAUCUUUCCAUUCCAUAGAGUACCUCAACAAUUGGACCAGCGUGGCUCCUUUCAAGUUGAUCAAUCUCUUUCCACCGGAGCGAGACUACUACAGGUAUUAUGGCAGUCUUACCACACCUGGAUGCAAUGAAAUUGUCGUCUGGACACUCUUCAAAAAUCCUAUCUAUCUCUCUUCAGUCCAGGUGUUUAUUUUUUAA